AUGAAUAAUCAAAAUAAACAAAGCAUUCACGAUGCAGUUAGUUCUGGUGACGUUGCUGUUGUACAUGAAAUUUUACAAAGGAAUCCAUCUUGUGUUAAUGAUUGGAAUAUCAACUACCGAACUCCUCUGCAUUUAGUCUGCGAACGUAUUUCUGAACUUGAUCCCGUAGAAGCUGACGAUGAACUAUCAAUAAUGGCGUUACUUCUCCACUAUGGGGCAGAUGUAAAUGCACGAAGAGGACUUUUUUUUGAUUCUCCACUACAUUUUGCGGUUAAAAGCCAACAGAUAAGCAAAAUAAAAUUUCUACUGGACCAUAAAGCUGACCCAAAUGUUAUGAAUGUAUUAGACAUAACAGCCUUACAUUUGGCGGUAGAAGAAGAUAACAUUGUCAUUAUAGAAUUGUUGGUAACACACAAAGCAGAUAUUAAUAUUGGUAAUUACGGUGAUCAGACACCAUUAGAUAUUGCUAUUGUACGUUGCAGUUUCGAUUCUGUACGAUUACUUGUAUCAUUUGGAAAUUAUAACUGGAAUUUGCAUCGAGCUGCUCUUGGAGGAGACGAUGUAGCAGUUAAAAUUUUUAUUGAAGAAGGAGCUGACGUUGAUAUUACGAAUGUCUUCGGAGAUACACCAUUGCAUUUAGUAUUACAAAAACUCCGCAACUAUUAUGAAGAAUUACUUUGUAAAAAGCAUAACAGCAUCGCUGAGCUGCUUAUUGAACAUGGCAGAAAUUUGCGUAAACGCAACUUCAUCGGUGAAACACCGCUUUUGUUAGCUCAAAAGUUAAAGGACGAAAAUCUAGCAAAAUUGUUGCUUAAAAAAAUAACAGCAGUUGACGACUCAGGCAUCUUGAGAAAUCAGAAUAAACUUGGAUUGCAAGAACUAAAUGCUGCUGUGGCUUUGGGCGAUGAAAAGGUUGUCAUUCAAUUACUUGGAACUCCUGGUAUUGACGAGGAGAUACAAAGUUAUCCUCAGAAUGUUACAAGAGCACUUUUUACUGCUGCGGAUAAAAAUAACCAUAGAAUUCUCAAGAUCCUCCUGGAGGCCAGCUUCCGUACUGAUAGUGUAGCUAUGGAUCGAAUACUUGUUAAUAUUGCUGAAUUAAUACCUUUAACGGAUAACCGUCUGUACCUGCGCAUUUUUUACUACGCUAUUUGCUUACAAACGAACGAUGUUCAUCCGGACUUGAUACCUGCAAGAAGAUUAUUCGAGUCUGAGUAUAACAUAUCCAAAAUGCUUUCUGAUUGUCACAAAAAGCUGGAUGAAUUGAAGAAGAUUUCAAUGACCAAUGAUCAAGAUGUUUCGUUGAUCUCUAUUUUCAAAAUGAUUACAAUGCGGUUCGAUGCAUUUGUGAAAUUACUAAAAAAUGAGGAAUACCUUGAUUCUUGUACAAAAUUGUACUCGUCACUCCAAAAAAAAGAAAAAUUAUCUUAUGAUGAAUUUGUAUUAAAAACUCGUAUUGAGCUAGCAUUAGAGAAGAGGCAUAUUUUGGAUACUGCAAAGAAGUGUUUGAAUGAAUUGUUGGAGGAGACUUUAGAGCCGUUAGAUUUUGUAAUUUUGCCUGAAACACUCACUGGAAAAAUUCUUUCACAUCUUAAUGUGUACGAGUUGCGAAAACUUGCCAAAUAA